AUGUACCCCCUCGAUUUCACCGAGAUUCAUGCGGUGGAAGUGGAAACCGACCUGUUCCAGAAGCCAUCUACACCGCCGCUUGAGGUACCGGCAUAUGAGAUCAACUCGCACUCUCGCCUGCGUCCGUUCCACGGGGGCCCUGCAGGCUUCCCUGCGUGGCUGAUGCAACGAGUUCACCCCUACAACUUCUUCAUCUCUUCCCAGGACAAUCACGAAGAGGCGGGCACUGCAGCCAAGGGAGGAGCACAUGGAGAGGCUUGUGAGGCGUCUCAAGACCCAAAACCUUCUCCUUCCCUCAGCCAAGGAAGGAGCACAUGGGCUCCACUAGUGGUGACUAGAGCUAGCCUUUCUGUCCUCCCUCUCUGCCUCCUCCCUCUCUGCCUCCUCCCUCUCUCCCUCCUCCUUCUCUCCCCCCUCCCUCUCUCCCUCCUCCUUCUCUCCCUCCCCCCUCUCUCCCUCCUCCCUCUCCGCAUUCCUUCUCUGCCUCCUCCCUCACUUCCUCCUCCUUCUCUCCCUUCCCUCUCUCCUUUGUCCCUCUCUCCCUCCUCCCUCUCUCCUUUGUCCCUCUCUCCCUCCUCCCUCUCUCCCUCCUCCCUCUCUCCCUCCUCCCUCCUCCCUCUCUCCCUCCUCCCUCUCUCCCUCCUCCCUCUCUCGUUUGUCCCUCUCUCCCUCCUCCCUCUCUCCUUUCUCCCUCUCUCCCUCCUCCCUCUCUCCUUUCUCCCUCUCUCCCUCCUCCAUCUCUCCUUCCUCCCAGAGCGCACUGAGCAACGUAACCCGGUGGCUGUUGGACGAGCUGCAGCUGACAGAGGAAGACUCUGUCAUUGUCAAGAGGGACAUAGAGGGGGCGGAGUGGGGCUGAAUGCGGUGAAUACGGAGAUUCGGGCUGUCCCCUUUCUUAUCUUACUCCUCCUUCCCCCCUCCUCACCCCCUGCACAACUGGCCCCCUGGAGUGGGAAGUGCUGCAUGAGUGGCCCCCGGCAAUAUCCCUGCUCUCCUCAUCCUCUCACAACUCAGUGGUGGGUGCAUACAGAUAUUGUGGCUUUCUCCUUACCCAUCCUACUCCUCCUUCCCCCUCACCCCCUCUUGCCCCCGAACCCCUCCUCAGAACACAAACACAGUGAACAUGACGCGGUGGCUGCUGGACGAGCUGCAAUUGACAGAGGAGGACUCGGUGGUGGUGAAGAUGGACAUAGAGGGGGCGGAGUGGGCUGCAUGAGUGUCACCCCUCAAUACCCCUCCUCCCCCCAUCACCCCCUCUUCCCCCCUCCUCAGAACACAGUGAACGUGACGCGAUGGCUGUUGGACGAGCUGCAGCUGACAGAGGAGGACUCGGUGGUGGUGAAGAUGGACAUAGAGGGGGCGGAUGAACGUGACGCGAUGGCUGUUGGACGAGCUGCAGCUGACAGAGGAGGACUCGGUGGUGGUGAAGAUGGACAUAGAUGGGGCGGAGUGGGCUGCAUGAGUGUCACCCCUCAAUACCCCUCCUCCCCCCAUCACCCCCCCUUCCCCCCUCCGCAGAACACAGUGAACGUGACGCGAUGGCUGAUGGACGAGCUGCAGCUGACAGAGGAGGACUCGGUGGUGGUGAAGAUGGACAUAGAGGGGGCGGAGUGGGCUGUGCUGCACGAGUGGCUGGCCAUCCCUCACAUGCCCGCCAUCGUGGACGAGCUCUUUGUGGAGGUGCACUACCACCACCCCUCCAUGGAGGGCCUCACGUGGACGGAUAGGUUCAACCACACGCUGGACGACACAACACAGCUGCUCACUGACCUGCGGAGAGCCGGGUUCUAUGUUCACCCAUGGCCGUAG